AUGAUGCAGGGCGACGGCAACUGCCAGUUCCGGGCCUUCGCGUUCAACUUGUUCGGGACGCAGAGCCACCACCUGGUGGUGCGACGGGCGGCGUGCGAGCAGAUGGCCGCCCACGUCGAGUACUUCGCGGCCUUCUUCGCCGACGAGGCCGAGUUCCGCGACUACCUGCGGGGCAUGGCCCGGGACCGGACCUGGGGCGACGAGCUCACGCUCCGCGCCGUCGUCGAGGCCUACGGCUGCGUCGCGCACGUGCUCACGUCCGAGGCGCGGAACUGGUACCUCGUCUACACGCCCGAGUCGACGGACGUGGACCUCGCGGCGUCGUCCGUGCCGGAGAACUACCAGGCGCCGCCCCAGGGCAAGGAGGUCUUUCUUUCCUACGUGUCGCCCGUGCACUACAACGCGGUCGUCGCGUCCGUCGCGUCGAAGGGCGCGCCGGCCUACGGCGAGGCGCCGCCGACGCCCCGGCCCAUCGACUCGCCGCGGCUGUCCUAA